CUGAAAACUUAGUGAAAGAGAGGGAGGCCUUAAAGAAGGAGAAGGAAUAUUUCUAUAUACAGAGAGGACAGUUUAUGAGGGAUGAGGACGAGGAGUUGAAGAAGAAAGUCAAAGUUGAGGAUAUGGAAGAAAAAGAACAGGGAAAUGUGGAGUUGGAGGUGCAAUCGUAUGGUAUGGCGGAGCAUAAUCUAUUGGAUGAAGCACCCGUUUCUCCUCCUGUUUAUGUAAGGAGAACUAAAAGGGUACUUAAGCCAUCUUAUUAUAUGGUUUCUCCAUUCUUGUCCCUGUCUUCGAUCAAUACAACCCCGAACGUGGUGAGGCAACCUGAGGAAGCCGUAAACUUUCCUACAUCUCCGAUACCAUUUCAUCUACAGAUGGAUCCAUUCAGGAUGCUAUCGACGGAUGAACUCAAAGAGGUAGAAAAAUACUAUGAAGCAAAUAAGGAGACGGGAGAGGCUUCAUGGUUCAAGUCUAUAUGGGUAGAUGAUGCGUGGGUUGAUAGCGUGGCUAUCGACAAAUAUGUUGACUUCCUAGAGGAAAGGCAGUCUGAUUGUGCAAUUGCAUAUCCCCAAGAUUGCAAGUUCUGUCCCACUUAUUUUAUGCCAUGCCUUCAAACUAGUAUGCCGACUCUAAGGGCGUAUCGGGACUCGAAGUCUGCUUCGGAACGUGCAAAGUUGGUAGGCAUGAUGAACAAUGUCAUCGCAAUUGCCAAGCAGCGGGGUAAAUCACACGCCAAGGAGAUUUGGUAUAGUGAACGGGUAAUUUAUUCAUCACAUAACAUCAAAAAAGGUCGUAAUGUGUUCUUUGAUCAUGUUUUUUAACUGAUAGCCUACUUCUUAAACAUGGACAGGU